AUGAAUACUGCUAGACUGUUCGAUGAUGCAAUUUCUGGGAAUAUUGACAGUUUCAAUAGAGAAACUAGGGAUGGGGCUUUAAUAAGUCUUGAGCACGUGACACCGAGUGGCAAUUGUAUUCUUCACGUGGCAGCAAAAUCUGGACAGGCUCAGAUUAUGAGAGGGGUCCUUGAUUCGCUUUAUCCACAUUCACCUUUGUAUGCGACAAAUUUCAAAGGCAACACAGCACUUCAUAUUGCAACAAGCUUAGGGUAUCUUGAUAUGUCGGAGCUUCUAAUAACUCAUGCAAUAGACCAAGAAGCUGAAGUGAAACGGUUGCUACUAAAAGCGCAAAAUGUGGAGCAGAGCACUGCACUGCAUCUUGCUGUAAAACAUGGUCAUGAUGACAUUGUGGAUUUGCUAAUUAGGAAUGAGCCAGGGUUGACUACAAUUACAAAUAAAGCUGGCGAAUCCCCACUCUUCCUGGCAGUGGAUCAAGGAUUUUUUAAAAUUGCCCGUCGUAUCCUAGAAACCCGGGAAUGCUCCGACAGGGGAAGAAACAACAUGAACGUCUUGCAUGCUGCAGUCAUUCGCGCAGAAAUUAAUUUUGUGCACGAUAUAUUGAACAGGUUUCGGAACGCAAUUCUGAAAGCUGAUGACUUGGGCCGCACUCCUCUUCAUUAUGCUGCAUAUUUUGAUAGUUUGGAAGUUGUCAACCUAUUUUUGGGGAAUAAUAAUAUUUCCCUUGCUUACAAGCUGGACAAACAGGGCAUGUCUGCUCUUCACAUUUCAGCCAAGAAAGGACAUUGUGAUGUGAUGAGCGCAAUCCUUCAAAAAUUUCCAUUUACUUGUGAAUUUUUAGACAACAAAGGUAGGACAGCUCUUCAUCAUGCGGUGGAGAGUGGAAGUACAAAUGCGGUUAAAAUAUUGCUCUCAUCUUUAGCUUUUCAGGAUCUCAUAAAUGAGCAAGAAAACGAAGAAGGAAACACGGCUAUGCAUCUUGCUGCCAUCCAAAGGAGAUACAAUGUAUUGAAAUUGCUUGCAGGUAAUACGGGAGUUGAAAAAAGGGCUACGAACAAGGAAGGGAAGACCAUUGAACACAUCUUAAAGCGGUGGGAUAGAAGCAAAGUUUUACUGAGUUUGGAGCAAGAGGUUGAGAGACAGACUACGGAAGAGCAGAUUGCUGAGAAUGAAGGACAUGAACAAUUUCAAGAGUCACAGAGGAUAGAGCCUGCAAAGGACCGGGGAGGAACGGGUGCAGCCAAUGAUGUAGAUUUUGAGGGAUUUCACCAAUACAAUGGACUGGUAAUGACACUCAUUACGACUGUCACCUUCGCAGCAGCCUUCCAAUUGCCUGGUGGAUACAACGACAAGGGCGAGCCAAUUUUACUAAAUAACGCAAAUUUUAAAAGAUUUCUGAUAUUUGAUUCGUUUGCUUUUGGUACCUCAGCUGCCUCAUUGCUUCUUUACUUUGUUAUGCCUCUAAUUCAGAACAUGACCAUUGCUCAGUAUAUAGGACAGCUAGUAGCAAUGAUUCUCAGUUCGGUCUCCCUUUCAUUGAUGUUCAUUGCCUUUGGGGAGGGCAUAGCAGCAGUCUUGGAUGAAAAAUCAAGUUUCUAUUAUAUUGUUAGCAGAACUAUCAAAUUUGCCUUCAAAGACGCAGACCCGAAAAUGGGUUCGAAGAAGCAUAGCACCGCAAUGAAGCGAGUUGUGGAAGAGAAGAGACAUGGUUCUAAUUCCCUCUAUUGA